AUGUCCUCAUUUUUCACGAUUCCCGGAGCCCAAAAGAAGCGCAAGAGGAACAUAUCUUCAGAUGUCCCCAAAAAGAGAAUUGCCGCACAAAAGCCCAAUGGCAGAGGCGGCGGCAACAAAGCCGCUAUCACACCGAAAAAGCGAGCAGAGCGGGAAGAGUCAAUCUCGGGCAGUGACUCGGAUGACGACGAUGCCGACUCUGACAUUCCAUCCGACAUGCAGGAAGAUGUGGACGAUAGCGAAUCCGAAGAAAGUGAGGAGGAAACAGCCGCCGAACGAAGAUUGCGUCUAGCAGAGCGCUACCUCGAAAAUGUCAAACAGCACGUGGACGAAGCUGGCUUUGACGCUGCCGAUAUCGACCGCGAUAUGAUUGCCGAGCGACUGCAAGAGGAUAUUGCAGAGACCAAAGGACGAGUAUACCGUCAAUUGGCCCCGGAAUUGGCCCUUCACAAGUCAUCACAAACAUUUUUUCGAACCAACACUCAUGCUGUUACCUCAGUCGCAGCAUGUGCCCCGUAUGUGUACACGGCGACCAAGGAUAUGUUUCUUCAUAAAUGGAGAGCGCAGGACUUGCCCAAGGAUCAAUACCCGCAAACAACCAAGCGCAAAUCCAAGAAAGCUGCCGCGCCGCCACGAAGACAACCGCAGCUCGAGACUUGGAUUAGAGGCAAUACCGCCAAAGCCGGAGAAAAAUACUACAAAAGACACACCGGCCGAAUCCUCGCUGUUGCAGCCUCCCCAGACGGCAAAUAUGUCGUAACGGGAGGAGAAGACAAGAAGAUGAUCGUCUACGAGGCGGCGACGCUAAAGCCGAUCAAAGUCCUCACCCACCAUCGAGACGCGGUCACAGGACUUGCGUUUCGAAGAGGCACAAACCAGCUCUACUCUUGCUCCAAGGACCGAACAGUCAAGGUCUGGAGUCUGGAUGAGAUGGCAUAUGUCGAAACGCUGUUUGGCCACCAGGACGAAGUUGUCGAUAUUGACGCAUUAGCACAGGAGCGCUGUGUUAGCGUUGGUGCACGCGACCGUACUGCGCGUCUCUGGAAAGUCAGUGAAGAAACACAGCUCGUUUUUCGAGGCGGCGCCGUCGACAAGAAGCAGAGGCAGCCCGGCGUGGACAAGCGCUCACUGCUGGCGGAAGGCACAAUGGACCGCAUCGCCAUGAUUGACGACGAACUUUUUGUUACUGGCAGCGACAAUGGCGCCAUUUCGCUCUGGAGCGUUGCCAAGAAGAAGCCCGUGUACAUCGAGCCGCUGGCGCACGGCAUUGACCCUCGCCUUGACCCCCACGCCGCCUCUGCCGAGAAGAAUCCCAGUAGCGCUGAGAUCCCUGCGCCGACCCCCCGUUGGAUCACGGCAUUAAAAACGAUACCAUACUCGGAUAUCAUCCUCAGCGGCAGCUGGGAUGGACAGGUCAAGGUCUGGCAGCUCUCCGAGGAUAAGCGUAAAAUCCAACUACUGGGCUCGCUAGGUGGGCAAGAGACGGAGGGCUCCGCCGCUGCGCCUGACGGGACAGAGAGGGUGCAGGAUGAGGAUGACACCAACUCUGCGUACAAGCAGCUACCACAACGCCCUAUUGAGGGCAUCAUCAAUGGAAUUACCGUGUUCGAACGCGGCGACCGCGGAAAGGACGGGCUUUGCAUCGUGGCGGCAGUCAGCAGCGAGCACCGCCUCGGUCGGUGGAAGAUACAAAAGGGGGCAAGAAAUGGUGCCGUGAUCUUUGAAGUGCCCCGCAUACCGAGCACGCUGGUGAAUGGACAUGCGCAAAGCGGAGACUUGGCUGAUCAAGAGCAAGCGAGCUCUUGA